AGUGUACCUCUUCCUCCGAUCCCAUGUUCUUCAGGUCAGAAUUCUUAUAGCACAGCCUUUUCUCCGCACGAGUAGCGAAUCUAUCAGUAGAAUGAACAUGAUAUUUUUAAGUACCGGCCACCUUUUUAAGUCUAACCCUACCAACAACCCAGUAACUAGUAACAUCAUCUCAUAAGUAGGAUCAUUUUUACAGUCGUGCCGAGCGGCAUACGAGGUUUUAAGUCCGUAGUCGUGCUGUCUGUGUGUAGUUUAUUGAAGCUCAAGUUCCUUGCGUCUAGUGCUACGGCUUACAGUGUCCUAGAGUCUGUCGCAAGAAAAGCGACAAGAAAAACACCAUGAGCGAAGGAGGUCGCUAGGUUAUUUUUGAAAUGCGACAGGCGACAGCGCCAUGCUAUGUUUACGUCCAGACCGCUGCACUGACGCAUGCGGAGGGAGCACAACAUCUUCGGCAGAGCAGAGGCACAAAAUCUUCGCAUCGCCUGAUCCAGCAGAGGACCAAACAACCUUUAAUAUUAAACACGAUGACGGGUAGUUCACGUGACGAUGAUAGUACAGAGGCGGAGGUUUUUUUAAGAAGAACAGACUACAAAACAGCAGCAGACGCCUCGAUUUUGAUAGGAAAUACAGACGAAAACAGUUUAUUUUCCUGGACGCGUGAGGACCCGUUUCGGCUUUCUUGUGGCUCUGCUGUAGAGCUGCAACGAGGGCAGCGGAGCUAG